CACCGGGAUGUCGCAGGAAGCCGAGCGGGGCCCCCUGCUCCGGUUGCAGCGGAGGAAGGCGCGGUGCAAGCGGUGCCCCUCGGCCAGCAUGGAAAAAGAAGACGAUCCCUGCUCCAGCAGCUCGGCAGCUCCGUGCAGCACGCAGGGCUUGAAGGAGGAAUUGCUGUGCCCCAUCUGCUACGAGCCGUUCCGGGAAGCCGUGACCCUGGGGUGCGGCCACAACUUCUGCAGGAGCUGCAUCAGCCGCUCGUGGGAGAACCAGCGGCACGCGUGUCCCCUGUGCAAGGAGAGGUCCUCGCUGGAAGAUCUCCGCGUCAACCACACGCUCAAGAACCUGGUGGAGCUGGUGAUGAAGGAGGAAGGGCAGCGGCAGAGCCGCGGCGCGGCUCUGUGCCCGCUGCACCAGGAGGAGCACAAGUUCUUCUGCCUGGAGGACAAGGAGCUGGCGUGCUUCGCCUGCCAGAGCUCCGAGCAGCACGAGGGGCACAAGAUGAGGCCGGUGCAGGAGGCGGCGGCGGAUUUUAGGGCCAAGCUGGCGAACAUGGAGUCAUCCCUGCGGGAUAAGGCCAAGGAUUUCGGGGCCGUGCGGCGAUCCUACGAAUCCAUCUCCCGGCACAACGAGGUGGAAUCGGAGCGUCUGGAGCGGCAGGUGAAGUGGGAAUUCGAGAAGCUGCACAAGUUCCUGUGGGACGAGGAGCAGGCGGUGCUGGCGCAGAUCCGGGAGGAGACGGGGCGGAAGCAGGAUCUGAUCCAGGGAAAGAUGGAGGAGCUGGCCGAGGCCAGCCAGGCCCUGCUCAACGAGGCCGCGCGGCUCCGCGCCGAUCUCAAGCAGGACGACUACAAAUUCCUGAUGACCCACAAGAACCGCAAGCGGAGGAUCGCCUGCACGGCCGAGGAGCCGGAAGCUGUUCCCUUGGGAAUGCUCCUGGACGUGGCCAAGUACCUGGGAUCGCUGCAGUACAAUGUGUGGAAGAAGAUGCUGGACACCAUCACCGCCGUCCCCUUCAGCCUGGACCCCAACUCUGCCGCCGGCUGGCUCUCCGUCUCCGAGGACCUCUCCAGCGUCUCCAGCUGCGUCUACAAAGGCUCCGUGGAAAACCCGGAGCGCUUCACCUCCGCCCCCUGCAUCCUGGGAUCCCGCGGCUUCUCCGAAGGCUUCCACACCUGGGAGGUGGACCUGGGCGGGCUGACCAACUGGAGGGUGGGCGUGUCCCGGCCCCACAGAGGAUCCCACUGGAGCUUCCACCACGAUUCCCGCUCGGGCUUCUGGUACAUCUACCACCUCCACGGCAAGGACGAGUGCCGGGCGUCCAACGCCGUGCGCUCGCAGACGGCGCUGGGCAACAUCCGGCGGGUCCGGGUGGAGCUGGACUGCACCGAGGGGGAAUUGUCCUUCUACGACGCCGAGCUCCGGAGCCACAUCUACACCUUCCACGAGAAGUUCGGCGGCGUCGUCUUCCCCUACUUCUACGUGGGGAGCUCCCAGGGGGACGCCAACACCAACACGCUCCGGAUCUGCCCGCUCCGCGUCCGCGUCCUUGAGGAUGUCCCCACCUAGGGCGCCUCCUGGUGGGGCUCUCCGGGUGCUUUUCCAGCUUUUCCAGGUGGGGGGAAAAAAAAAAGGAGGAUGGGCAGGGAUACGAAGAA